AGCAGCUACAGAUAUAAACAAACAGCUGAGCAAACAACAGUCUCUAGAAAAAGCUAUAUAAAAAUUGUGUAAAACAUUUGUAAAUUGUCAAAAAAUUGCUGAAAAUGACUUCGGCGCUAGAAAACUUGGAAACGCAACUAGAAAUGUUCAUCGAGAAUGUUAGGCAAAUACGUAUAAUCGUAAGCGAUUUCCAACCGCAGGGCCAAAACGUUCUCAAUCAAAAAAUCAACAGUUUGGUCACCGGCUUGCAGGAAAUAGAUAAAUUGCGGCCACUGGUGCAGGAUGUUUAUGUGCCCUUUGAAGUGUUCUUCGAUUACAUCGAUCAGGAUAAGAACCCUCAGCUCUAUACAAAGGACUGUGUGGAAAAGGCGCUGGCCAAGAAUGAAGAAGUGAAGGGCAAAAUCGAGAGCUUGAAAAAAUUUAAAGCCAAUCUGCUACUGGAGUUGUUCAAGACUUUUCCCACCGAAAUGAACAACUACAGAGCCUACAGGAAAGACUCAAUCUAAAUGUUAGUUUUG